CGCAAUACGUCGUUCAUACGUCCACAAGGAUAGCGAUGCUGUACAGAAGCGGCUUUCUUGUGCUCGCCUUGGGCGCCACGCGUGUCCUGGGAGCUUUGUUUCAGGGACCAACAGAAGAAGUCCUGAAAGGGAGUUAUGACGUUAUUGUCGUAGGAGGCGGUGCGGGGGGCGGGGCCAUGGCCUCGCGUUUGUCGGAGGACCCCGAUAUCCGAGUAUUACUCAUCGAAGCGGGGAGCUCCGAUAUUACAAACCUCAACAGCACAGUCCCUGGACUCGCGAAUAAUCUCGUCAUGUCUGCUUUUGACUGGAAUUUCACCACUACACCUCAAGCAGGGUACAACGGACGCUCCAUUGACUACCCGCGAGGCUUUGUGUUGGGCGGAUCCACCGCUAUCAACCAGAUGUUAUUCUGCAGAGGUACCGUUGAUGACUACGACCGCUGGGCAAGAGUGACCGGGGACGAGGGAUGGUCUUGGAAGUCACUCGCCCCCUUCAUCUUCGCUGUGGACCAUAUGACCCCACCAGUCGACCAUCAUAAUACAACUGGAGAAUUUAACCCAGUCCUUCAUAAGAAUGGCCCUGUCUCUAUCAGCGUGGACAGCUUGAUCUUAGAUACAAACACGCGUGUCCUAGAGACAACUCAACAGCUCCCUGACCUGUUUCCGUUCAACUUAGACUACAAUUCUGGAACUAGCGUUGGCGUCGCUUGGAAGCAAAACGCCAUCCUUAAUGGUCACCGAGUAACUUCGGCCACCUCGUACCUUGCACAAGCCAUGAAUCGCAAAAAUCUCGAUGUUGUGGUCAAUACUCGUGUAACAAAGGUGUUCCCAGUAGGAACAGAGGAUGGGAAGCCAGUGUUCCGAGGGGUUGAGUUUGCUCAGACAGCUGACGGACCCCGCCAUACCCUGAAGGCGACUCAGGAGGUCAUUCUGUCCGCAGGAUCACUCAAGACGCCACACAUCCUGAUGCUUUCUGGCAUAGGUGACUCCGCACACCUGUCAUCAUUCGGGAUCAAAACCAUCGUCGAUCUUCCUGGCGUUGGGCAGAAUCUUCACGACCAUGCUUUCCUAGGCAAUAGUUGGACGGUGAACUCGACCAACACGCUCGACGACCUGCAACGCAAUGCCACCGCCGCCGCAGAGGCGCUUGCGCUCUGGAAGGCCAAUGCAACAGGUCCGCUCAGUGUGGCAGCAGGCUCCAGCCAAUUUGGAUUUGUACGCAUCCCGAACGCUACCGCGUUCUUCCAGCAAUUCGGCGUGGAGGAUCCCAGUGCCGGCCCUACCUCCGGGCACAUCGAGCACAUUCCUACUAACUCGUAUGUCUCGACCACGGUCCCCAUCCCAGCUGAAGGGCACUUUUUCGCCAUCAUCACUGCCGUAAUCUCACCUACUGCUCGGGGUAACGUCACGUUGAGAUCUAGCGACCCCUUCGAUGCCCCACUAAUCAACCCGGCCCUCCUUGGGAACGACGUCGACCUCGCGAUCAUGCGCGAGGGCGUCAAAGCCGCGCGUGCGUUCGUCAAGGCUCCCGCCUGGUCGGGCUACAUCAUCAGCGAGUUUGGGGAAUUCGGGAACGCGACGACGGAGGACGCGCUCAAUGAGUACAUCCGCAACAACUCUGCCACUGUCGACCACCCGGUGGGCUCAGUCGCGAUGGGCAAGGACGAGCCUGCGCCGCUUACGCCUGAUUUGAAGGUCAGGGGGACGGUGGGCCUGCGGGUGGUCGACGCGUCUGCAUUCCCUUUCAUCCCGUCGGGACAUACCCAGGGCCCGACCUACAUCCUUGCCGAGCGUGCGGCGCACCUCGUUCGGGCCGAUCUGAAGAAGUGAUGUUGGACGCUGUUCGAUCGUGUAAUGUAUAUUGUGCGAUCCGAUAGAUGAUGAUUUGCAUCGCGAGCCCCGUUUGGGUCUACCGACAUGGUGCUAUGCAAAUAUGUGGCAUGCAUUAACGUUGAGCACGAGAGUUAUUGUUCCAAUCGCAGCCAGUCGAUGCUUCGACCGACUGCACUCGGUUGUAGCAGCGUGAUCCGAUCCCUACGUGGCGCGUUGUGUAGAACGAG